CCCGCGGCGCCGUCCCGGGCUCUCCCGGAUGCGCGACGGGCGGAGCGGCGCGGCUCGGCGGCCUCGGCCCUCCGAGACCCCGAAACUUCCGCGUCCGCCAUUAUGACUCUUGGCGUCUGACUUGCCGAUGGGAACUCCGCAGGUCGCCGCCCGGCUAAUUGUUCGGGUCGGUUAUGCUGUUACCUAAAGAGGGUGGGAAAGCUCGUUGCACGGCUGAGGUGUAAGCGUCGGAGACAAAUGCUGGGACAGCUUGGUCUGGCGGCCUCACCUGGAAUCCCCGCUGCUGAGGAAGCGGAGGCAGUCUCUUGCCAGUGUCCUCUGACGACCUAGCACGUGAGACUGCACUGCCGUGCUGAGAAGAUCCAAGGACCCAGCAGUGACUCGGGAGAAGGCAGCAGCAGCUCUGUGUUCAUCUGGGCGACUCUGGCAGGAGGGAUGCCUCCAGGCAGGUGCUGUGCUGCCCACUCAGCACAGGCUUCAAGGCAACAAAGGCACCUUUGCACAGUAAAGAAAGAGGAGGAGGAGGAGGAGGAGGAGGAGGACUAUAUUUCACUGCAGACUGCCAGGCCGCAGACACUUAACCGCCCUGGCCAGGAGCUGUUCCGUCAACUCUUCAGGCAGCUUCGCUACCAUGAGUCUUCUGGGCCCCUAGAAACUCUGAGCCGGCUCCAGGAGCUCUGCCGAUGGUGGAUGAGGCCUGAUGUUCUUUCCAAAGCACAGAUGUUGGAGUUGCUGGUGCUGGAGCAGUUCCUGAGUAUCCUGCCCGGAGAGCUCCGGACAUGGGUGCAGCUCCAUUGCCCUGAGAGUGGUGCGGAGGUCGUGGCCUUGCUGGAAGAAGUGCAGAGGGAUCUUGAUGGAAAAACACUGUGGGCCCCCUGCCUUGCUCAGGAUCCAGAUGUGCAUUGGAUAGGCACUGGAGCUCUGCAGUCGCCACAGAUAUGGUCCCCUGCUUCACGUCUCAGGAAUGCUUCCGCGCUAGAGGACCACUUGGAGCCUUCACAUGGAAUAGGAGAUUGUGACUUCCUGGCUGGGCAAGAUGAUUCUGAUGUCUCAGUGCCUGCCCAUUUCCAGACAGAAGAGGGUAUAGGGUACCAGGAAGCUUUGACUUUCCAGGAUGUGGAGGUGACCUUCUCUCAGGAGGAGUGGGGAUGUUUGGACUCAGCUCAGCGCAAUAUUUAUCGGGAUGUUAUGCUGGAGAAUUAUGAGAAUGUAGUUUCUGUGGUGGGGUCACCUCCCAAACCUGCAUUGAUCUCCUGGCUAGAAGCAAAGCAGCCAUGGGGUGCGAAUAUCUGCACAGCUCAGCUUGAGAGGGAGGCAGAGGCCGCCUCCGAAGGAGGUGAUCUCCCAAUUAAACCAAGCAAGUUCAUCUUGAAACAGGACCCUUCAGAAUACACAGAAACCUUUGCUGUGCUAUCAGUAUGUCCUGAGACAAGCGUUUCUGAAGGAACAGGGCUCAAAGACUCUUUUGAACAGAAGAGCAGGCUACAGAAGCUCUGUGUAAGCCCCAUACAAGUGAAGGAAGAAGCUGACAUUAGUUACAGGACAGGAGGAGAACCUGGAGUAUUGGAAAGCAGUGAUAUUCUUGACGUAACUCCUGUUAAGUGUGUGAAUGUUUCUAGGAAAAAGCGAUCCUUUAAACGUGACCAUGACAGAAACUUCAGAAAAAGAUCAUACCAUUAUAAAAAGAAAUAUGGGGAAGAGCUCAAAGAUAUUGAAGGGUUUGGUAUAUAUGAGAGUGUUAGACUGAAAGAGAGUGGAAAGACUUUCAGUAAAAGCCCCCAUCUUGACUAUCAUCAGAGAUAUUAUAGUCAAGAGAAACAGUUUAAAUGCAGGGUGUGUGAGAAAGCCUUCAGGUGGCGUUCAAAUUGUGUGCGACAUGAGAAAAUUCACACUGGAGUGAAACCUUAUAAAUGCAGUUUAUGUGAGAAAGCUUUCCAACGUCGAUCAGCCUACCAUCUGCACCAGAAAACCCACACUAAACAGAAAAUGGAAUCCAGGCAGUUGAGAGACGCUGCCAGCUGCAAGUUGGAUCGCAGUCAUCGUUUGAUAAACCAGCGUAAGGAGAAGCACUCGGACUGCAGCCAGUGUGGUAAAAACUUCUGCUGUAAGUCCUAUGUUCGUCAACACCAAAGGCUUCACACACAGGAGAAACCUUACAAAUGUACCCAAUGUAGGAAAACUUUUCGGUGGAAGUCUAACUUUUCUCGUCAUAAGAGACUGCACCAAAGACAAGAGUUUGGUAAACAAGAGAAAUGUGAAGAAGACUUCAAGCAGAAUUGCAGUCAGUCUGAGGUUGUCUCCACUGUGGAGAAAACUUUUCUGUGUCAGACUUGUGGGAAAACUUUUACACAAAAGAAAUCACUCAUUGAGCACCAGAGGAUUCACACGGGGGAGAAGCCAUACCAGUGUGGUGCAUGCAGGAAAACCUUCACCUAUAGGUCAUCUUAUUUUAUUCACAUGAAGCGUCAUGCUGUUAAAAUAAAACCUGAAAGUGAUCUCCCUUUGAGUCAGGACACAGUGUUUCUUCAGAGCAGUCCCAGUACAGAUGAGCCCAACAAAUGUAAAUACUGCGGUAGAACCUUCCGCACUCUGUCAUUCCUCCUCAUUCAUCAGAGAGUUCACACUAGAGAGAAGCCCUACAAAUGCAGGGAGUGUGGAAAAGCCUUCCGAUGGAGUUCCAAUCUCUCUCGACAUGAGAGGAAACACUAUUCGCCUCCACAGUGGGAGUAUCAUGAAAGUAAAGAGACUUUAGGAUUCGAGUCAACAAUCCUCACUGGUCAGAAGCCCUUUUGGUGUCAAGAAUGUGGGAAGACCUUUACACGCAAAAGAGGCCUUUUAGAUCACAGGGGAAUACACACUGGAGAGAAGCGCUUUAAGUGCAGCUUUUGUGAGAAAUCUUUCGAUAGGAACUAUCGUCUUGUUAAUCACCAGAGGAUCCAUACUACAGAGAGACCUCUUCAAUCUCCGUGGCAUGAUGAAUGUUUUGUUGGGAUGCGUGCCCCUUGUGUUGAGCAGAGAAAGCACAGCAGAACACUGCAGUCUGGAUGUAGCCUGCACUCAGAGAAGCCUGGCACACCUUACUGUCGGGAUGCACGGUUCAGUGCUCAGGAAGCAGAGCUAAGUGGAAAGAAGCCCCGUAAGAAACGCGAGAACCCUUCUGACAAGAGCUCCAGGCUCAUUCUGUUCCAGAAUGUCCGCUCCAAGACAAACUGCCACAAAUGUAGCAUCUGUGGGAAGACAUUUAGCAAGCGUUCACACCUCAUUAGCCACAAGAGAUUUCAUACUCGAGAGAGGCCCUUCAAAUGCAAAGUGUGUGGGAAGACCUUCAGGUGGUCUUCCAAUUUGGCGCGUCAUAUGAAAAACCAUGUUAGAGAUUAGCCCGGGCUCUCCGACAGUGGGGCUGGGGAAUAGUUCUUGGUUAAAUUUCUAGAGACCAUAAGUGGCAGGCACUGGGGAAACCUUUGCAAAGGCCCAGUCCUUCUGGUUUGGGAGUUCUUGGCUUCAGGCAGAGGAUAUAGGAUCUUGUCUGGUGAUGUUAGGGGGUAGUAUAGAGUCCCUCAGGUGGAGUUGAGUGAGCUGUCUGAAGACUGGACUGAAGUGAGUCCUGGGACCAACCUUUUUACAGAGGUAUUUAGUUGUGAUGAUGUCUCUGGUGGAUCCGUCUGUUAUAGGAUUACGCUGGGACCUUUUCCUGUAAUCUCUGCUGCCAUCUUAAGGCCUGUGCCUCAACUGCAGGUGUCAUGUGGGUUCCCAGUUAUACUUGUCGCUGCAGCCUGACUAAGCACGUGGGAAAGCUGAGCUUGGGUGCUUAUGGUGACAGAUACUGCAAAGCAAACCACACUGCUUCUCCAUGCUGGACGAUGAAUCGGCACUCAGAGUGUGUGCGUUGUUCUUGCCUGGGUUCGGUUCCCAGCACCCACGUGGCAGCUCACAACCAUCUACAGUGCCAGGGGAUCCCACGCCCUAUCCCGACUACACACGCACCAGACAUGCAGUUGGCUCAUAGACAUACGUGCAAGCAAAACACUGAAGUACGUUUUAAAAAUACACACCUGUAAUCCCAGCACUCAGGGAGGCAAAGGCAGGUGGAUCUCUGAGUUCGAGGCCAGCCUGGUCCGUAAAGCGAGUCCAGGUCAGUCAAGGCUACAAAGAGAAACUUUAUUUCCAAAAACAAGAAAAGUAUUAAAAAUCUGUAUUUUAAAAUUGCGUCGCUGAAGGAUUCUAGUUCUGCCAGAUCAGAGGUGGAGCCUUGAUCAGACAGGUUGGGGUCCUUCAGAAAGCAGGCCGGGAGAUAAAAGUCAUGCUCCUAGGCAGGAGUGCCGCUGUAGCCGGUUUUAAGUAGAGUGCUGGUUGGCAGCUUCUGGUUGUCUUGGCAACUGUCUAAUCGUACACUUGAGCUUGGCCUGGAAAGCACAGGCUUCUUUCAGCAUGGCUUUCUCCCCACUCUCUGAGGAACUGGAGUGGGAGUGAGGAUAGACAGGUGUAUGGAGACCAUCCUGGGGGAGUGAUGUCAGGUGGCCUCCGAGCUGCUCAGUGUGGGAAGCUCCAUCCUUGGAAGACUGUCAGACCACGGUGUGCUGAGAAGAGACCAGACGGACUAUCUUGCCACUCUUAGGAAAGUUAGUUUUGAAAGCUUAGGUGAAAUGGGCACAACACCUGGAAUUCAGAGUCCUUUGUAAGUGGAAAUGAAGACAGACUGCCAGGCAACUCGGAAAACCUUACAGGACUGUGAAUCCCGCCGGGGAGUUCUGUCUGUCGGUCUGGGAUCAGUGUGAAGAAUGAUGAGUGUGAGGCAAGUCACUGCAGCGCGUCUGGACGGUGGGACUGGUGGGCCAUCAGCAGAACUGCAGCGGCCACUGGGCACUCGGGAAGAUACAAAGCUCAGGGUGGUGGCACAUGCCUGUAGCCCUAACCUGGGAUGCUGAGGCAGGAGGAGCAAAAGGAGACCGUCUCAGCAGUCCCCACAGCAGCACAACAAAAAGCCAAAAUGGUGGCUAUGGAAGAGUGAACUCCAGUUUGGAAAACUGCACUGUGAGAUGCAGCGGCUCUGUAUAAUAUACUGUGUACAUAGGGAUUCCGUGUAUGAAGUGGACGUGUCACUUGGAUUUCUGUAAGUGGGACGGAGGAGUAAACUUGAUAGGGUGUGGGGGUCAGUAAUGAAAUGCAUGUGUGACGCUGAGACUUGUCCUGUAAACAUCCCUGAUGUUUACAGAGUUAGUGAAAUAAGAGUAAAGUUGUGAAAUAGGAUGAUGUGUGCUAACCAUUGCUCCAUAUUAUCUCGGUGUGAGGUGGUGGUGAAAUCAGAAUGGAUACGUGGGGCCGUCACUUGUUUUUCUAAAAGUUCUUGCAGACACAUCCUCUAAAGCUGUGAUUUAACUGUGCUGCUACUGAAGUGGUCUGUGUUCGCCCCUCCCUUCCAACACUCUUUCUCGCUCUCUCCCUCUCUCUCUCUCACUCUGAUAUGUCAUUAUGGGUGUCCACAGAGAUUUGUCUGCCUCCAGAGUGCUGGGAUUGGAGGUGUGCACCACCACACCUGGCCUACUUCAUCUCUCAAAUUCUCAGCAUUCUUAUCUGCUCAAUUUGAAAUAGCACAAAAUAGCUGUUGGCGAAGGAAUGGUUAAACAGCUGCAGUGUGACAAUGCAGUGUGCCAGUUUGAAGAAAACCAGGGCGUUUUGUGUCUCAGCACCAUCUCUAACCUAUGAGAUUGUGAGCUAUUGCCACACUAGCUCUUGCCAAAAAAGUGAAACUAGAAGACAGACAGUUGUGAUGAUGACAUGGGACUUGGGACAGUGAUGCCUGUUAGGCAUCCUCCUUUCCUGGUGGAUGGAAGAAAUGAGUAUUUAUGUGCUAGGUGCCACAUUUUUUAAGUUAACACUGCUAAAAAUGGCAAAAUUGUGUCAGCCAGGGUCUAAUGAAAAUCCAAAAACUGUACUAAUCAUUGCAACAACUUGGAACUGUUGACUGUAUAUGUUGAGGUAAAGAGAGAGAGAGAAUGUCAGGCUGUAUUGAGGACAAGCUGCUCCAGAGGCCAGAAUAGGUUCACAUAGGAUCAAAUAUUCUGCAAUGAAUGGACUUUAAGGCUGGGGGAGUGUGGCUGAGGGAAGGCUGGAGGGGCUCAGCUUUGGUCUGUAUUGGGCAGGAUUUAGCCACUGGUGCACAUUAAAAACUGUUCUGUGCUGUUGUGUUCGUUUGUUGUCAAGCUUUUACAAGUGCUUAGAUUCCCCCAUCCCCUGUGAAUGAGGGAAAUUGCUAGGAGCCAACAGUUGAAGCUUUUCAAUAGCAGUGAAUAGACUUCUCCAUCUUGUCUGGCAGCCCAGAGCUCUCUGGCAGCCAAGCGUCUCUUGUCAACCAGGAGGAAAUGCACACAGAAUAUUGUAGCGCCAAGGACCACAGAGUGUCUCAGAAGUCACACCUGCCCUAGGAGGUGUGAGGCUUUGCAAACCACUCUAGUCCAGGGUGGCUUCUCAGACUCGAUGUUUAGAUGGCCUUGACGCUGGUCUAUAGUGUCUGUGUGGGGAGCCUCCUCUAGCUGUGAUGUGACUGGAGGACAGUGUACAUUCCCUCGGUUGCAUUCCUCUCAAAUCCUCUACUGGACAGUCCAGGCUAUUCAGCCACUGCUCUGGUGGUGAGGCCCAAGUCCAAUUAAAGGCUGUGGUGGUACAUUAGGAAAAUAUCUCUCCAGGCUAGAACUUCUGCUGAAUUUCCUGGCCCAACAACUAAUACACUUUGGUCACUUGAGGCCUUUUCUACUGUGUGCUGUCCUUUAACCUGCCUUUUUUCAUUUGUUUUUGGGCUUUCAAGACAGGAUUUCUUGGUGUAGCUGUGGCUGCCCUCAGAUCCUCCUGCCUCUGCCACCUCAGUACUGGCAUUAAAGGCAUGGUACUACCAUCCAGCUAUGCUUAACCUGCCCUAAGGUAGCACUGUAACAACCAAUUUUAUUUGCCUUGGCAAUCACCUUUUAUAACGUAAGCUAAUAUAAUUUUAGAUUAUGUAUUCUUCCAUGCCUCUGACCUAGAGAAAAUGCCUGUGUGUUUGCAUGUGUGCCCUGGCAUAAAUGCUAAUAGUUUGAAAGCACCCUUACACAAUAAACACCUGCUGUACGUGGCUAGAAACAGCACAGUUACUGUUUGCUAAGUGAAUGUUUGCUUUUUUUAGUGUCUUUGAGUCAGGUGAAGCCAGUAAUAUUUAAUCCUGUGUAAAACUCUGUAAAGCGUCUCCCAGUCUUCCCCGUGGGGUGCUGUGUUGCCCAAUAAGAAAGCAAAGCCCUUUCUUAGAAGCACGUGGACAGAUACCCAAGGCAGCAUUCAAGCAGGUGCAGACUCAGACUACAACACAGGGAUUGUUGGCCCUGCUCAGAUGGAGAGAUACCCUGGGAAUCCGGAGCCCAGGAACCACAGCUCUGAGAGGAGGCCUCCCCAGCAGGCACACUGCGGCUCCCAGGAGGGUUUUCCCAAUCAGGAGCUCCGGAGCCUCAGCCCCACUUCACUGCUUUGCUUUUUCUCUUCUCUUGAUUGCUUCCAGUGAGUCACAGGCAGAAAAUCUCACAAAAGAGAUUUAAUGGGAGGAUCCAGGGUGCAGGGGACGGCUCCAGGGGUGGGUGCCCCUGCUCCCAGGGGAGGACAGCAGGGGACUGAGCAGAUGCAGCCUUUAGGAAUAAUUUCCUAAGGGGUAGAACUUUUAAGGGCAGAGAUUUCCAGAGAAUUGGUCUUUCAAGUCCUGAGCAUGGGGGAAUGGUGGGGUUUCAGACUUCUCACCUAAAAUUAGCAUAACCAAUGAUACUGAGGGGCUGGAGAUGACCUUUGUGACAGAGAGACUGGAACCCAUGUUAUGACAAAGAUGUCUGGUGGAGGGGCCUGACACUUUUUGUGUUUACAAAGUUUACAAAGGGAGUCUAGGGCAGGGAAACGUUCCUUGCUGCUUGAGUUGCCAUAGGCAGCCAACAAGUUACAGACAGAAGAGACCUGGAAUCUCAUUCUUGGUUAAACUACUCCAAAGGAAAGCACUUUGAUAUUUUUCCCCUUAAUAUUACACUGAUAACAUUUGGGGUACCCUGAGGCUAUUACUAGUUUGUUUAAAUUGACCCAAAAUUUUCCCAAAUUGUCUUUUCUAAUGAGAGCAGGCUGAGCUUGUUUUUUUGGACCCUCCAAGAUGUGUUUGCCUCAGGCUUUGCUCACUCUUUUUUUAUCUACAAUAAACUUUCUCUUCCACCGGAUCUUGGAGAAGUUAUGUUCUGUUCCUUUUGUUAUUCAGCACCAUUUGUCGGUGACUGACGUGAGGCUUGAAGGGUUUAGGCCACCCCAGGUGAGAGGCAGCUUGCUGUGGAUCUGAGGUGCACCUAGGCUGAGCAGAGUCUAGACUGGGGUGAACAGGUGGGCAGGGACUAGUUCUGAUGAGUUCAUGGGCUGUGAGGCAGGAGAGGCGUGGGCGUGGGCCUGUGCUGAAUGCAUACCCGCCACAUUCCUGCUUGCUACACAUUUGUGUUCUGGAAGAGAAGCUAUGAGAUGGACUGCCCAAAGCAGGAGCGAUGAGAAGCAAGGCCAGGGCCACCUCCAAGUUGGCGACAGAGGCCCAGCGCAUGCUGUGUGGUCCCCAGAAGGAAUCGGGCCUGGCCAGGAUGGAAUGCUUUACGUAACAAAGACCAGUUGCUAGGAACACCAGCUUCUGAUACUAUCUCUACUGUGAAGCUGUCUGCACAGACCGCACCACCCCAUAACCUUCCAGCAGGUGAGCUUCAGUCCUCCUGCAGGUCAGCCUUGUAGGCCUGUGAGGGCAGGGUGGGGCGUAUGGGAGGCAGCGCCUUUGCUGUGCAAGCAGGGCCUCACCGGGAACCAGGAGUCAGAAUGCUGCUGGUUGGCCUGGGUGGUCCUGUGGACUACCUUGAAGUUUCUCAAGGCCGUAGCUGCUGUGUCCAUCCUAAAGAAAGCAAAGGCAUUGAGCCUCUAGACUAGGCAGCCCUUCCUGCACCAGCCAGGGGCCAGGGUUCACAUUACUUCCUGAGCUUUCUGUUGGUGCUAGAACAAUUGAUUUAUUACUGUUAGUGGUUGUGAACUCCUGAUCCUCCUGCGUCCACCUCAAAGGGUUGAGUCACAACUGUGCUACCGUGCCUGGCCUUCCCUCACUAUAUUGAGAGCUGUUUCUGUAGUGUCAGAGUCGAGGUCCAAGCAUUUUCAGAGACAGCGAUGUUACAAAGCAAGGGAAGUUUUAUCAUGCGAGUAGAAGGGGGCAGCCAUCAGCCGCAGCAGAGGAUCUUUUGUAGGUCUUUGAUCUUUGCAAUCAAGCACAGUCUAAUACAAAAGCGGAACUUCGGCAGAUAGGCUUAGCACAGACACCUCGUCAAGAGUUCUUGAUGUCAUGGUGGCUGGCCAGCUUCAGGAGGCUCCAUUUCAAUUCAAGUUGACCUAGUUCUCAGAAGGUCUUUGUGGUCUGUUGAUUUGAAAAAUAGUCUGAACAAUAGGAACAUGCAUCUCACUUCCCCUAAGAAAUAAAAAUAUCAAGAUCAAGGAAACAACAAGGAAAGGAAAAAAAUGGAGGCCCUGUUGUCUUUAGAAGAUGAAAUAAACUAUUCAACUCAUUUUAAAAAAUCAAUAGUGAAGGCAGAAAUGGAGGAGCCUUUAACAAUUUCCUUAUACUGGUUUCUACUUAAACCCUUUCAUGUUCAGUUUAGCAACAGCACGUCAAAUCCUUGUUUACACUGUUGUGGGAAGCCCACCAUAGAUGACCACUCAGUUUAUGGCCAACUGAAAGUCUUGAUUCCAGCUGGUUGGGACUAUACUCAGGCAUUUGGGACCCAAGUGUAUCCUGACUGUUUAGAGCAAGGGGCUUUUAUUUUUAUUUAUUACAAUUUAGUCAGUUUGUAUCCUAGCUGUAGCCCCCUUUCUUAUCCUCUCCCAAACUCUUCCUCUUCUCAUACCCCUUCCCCAGUCCACUGAUAGGGGAGGUCCUCCUCCCCUUCCCUCUGACCCCAGUCUAUCAGGUCUUAAAAGGACUGGCUGCAUUGUCUUCCUCUGUGACCUGGUAAGGCUGCCACCCCCACCUCCAGGGGGAGGUGAUAAGAGCCAGCCCCUGAGUUCAUGUCAGAGACAGACCCUGUUCCCCUUACUAGGGAAAUCACUUGAAGACUGAGCUGCCAUUUGCUACAUCUGUGCCGGGGUUCCAGGUUGUCUCCAUGCAUGGUCCUUGGAGUAUCAAUCUCAGAAAAGACCACUGUGCCCAGAUUUUUUGGUUCUGUUGCUCUCCUUGUGGAGCUCCUGUCCCCCUCCAGGUCUCUCUCCCCCUUUUAUAAGAUUCCCUGCACUCUGCCCAAAGUUUAGCUAUGAGUCUCAGCAUCUACUUUGAUACCCUGCAGGGUAGUCUUUCAGAGGCCCUCUGUGGUAGGCUCCUGUCCUGUUACCUGUUUUCUCCCUCUUCUGAUUGAGGAGUGAUCAUCUUACCCAGGGUCCUCCUUCUUGCUUAGCUUCUUUAGGUGUACAGAUUUUAGUAUGUUUAUCCUAUUAUGUCUAAUAUCCACUUAUAAGUGAGUAUAUACCAUUUGUGUCUUUCUGUUUCUGGGAUACCUCACUCGGGAUGAUCUUUUCUAGAUCCCACCAUUUGCCUGCAAAUUUCAUGAUUUCCUUGUUUUUAAUUGCUGAGUAGUAUUCCAUUGUGUAAAUGUACCACAAUUUCUGUAGCCAUUCCUCAGUUGAGGGACGGUUGUUUCCAGCUUCUGGCUAAUAUGAAUAAAGCUGCUACGAACAUGGUUGAACAAA